UGACUAUAGUCAUGUUGAAUUUUCAGAGAAAUCAGGCUCGUCUACUAGAUGUAAUGAUAGACCAGAAACUCAGAUGUGUGUCAACUCCCCAUUUUCUGUCACGGCAUUUUGGUCUCGCUCCCAUCACCAAUGUCCACAUAACUUGAGCCGUAAAGAUGACAUCAUCCACGCUUUGUCGUCAAUUUUCACUGGCCGAAAUCCAGUCAGCCACAAGAGGUUUCAGUGACGCAUAUAUUAUUGGAAAUGGUGGAUUCGGUAAAGUCUACAAAGGCCUCAUCGAUACUGAGUCUGUUACCGUGGGCGUGGCCAUCAAGCGGCUCGCAUCAAAUUCCAACCAAGGGGAGACUGAGUUUGCUGCGGAGAUUGAAACACUCACCAAGUUCCGACAUCGUAAUCUAGUGUCUCUGAUUGCCUACUGCAGUGAGCAAGGAGAGAUGAUUCUUGUUUAUGACUACAUGCCUAAUGGAACCCUAGCAGAUCACCUUCACAAACUAUCGAGGAGUAGCGACCACAGCUCAACAACUCUCUCAUGGAUUCAACGACUUAAGAUAUGUAUUGGAGCUGGCCGAGGUCUGGACUAUCUUCAUUCCGGUUGCUCCAUCAUACAUCGCGAUGUCAAGCCUGCAAAUAUCCUUUUGGAUGAGAAUUUCACAGCUAAGGUUUCAGAUUUUGGGUUGGCCAAACAUUUAGGCCAAGAUUUCUUACAAAGUCAUUGUUGGGAAAUUAGACGCAACUAA